AUGGCGGGAGCUGGCGGCGGGCGGCGCUCGGCGGGGACGACCCCGAGGGUGACGCGACGCAGCUCCAAGAGGUUGGUGGUCUCGGCCCCGCGGGGUGGCCCCCCCUGGGCACCCCCGUCCCGCAGCCCCUUGGGCAGCCCGGACUUUGAGCAGCCCCGGCGGAGCCCCCGGCUCCAGAGCCAGAAGGAGAACGACCCCUGCCCCCCCUGCAGCCCCCCCUGCAGCCCCCCCUGCGCCCCCCCGUCCCCCACCCCCACUCCCGUGGCCGCCCGGGUCCGACGCUCCUACAGCCGCCUGGACGGGGGGGGCACCCCGCGGGGGCUGGGGGGGCCCCCGCUGAGCCCCCUGCCCCUCAACCUGCCCCCCACAGCCAACCCCGAGCCCCCCCAGAUCCCCCCCCUCGACCUGCCCGGCAUCAGUGCCGGCCCCGAGCGCAAGAGGAAGAGGAAGGUGAUGCCCAUUGAUCUGUCCGAGCUCGAGGCCUGGGCCGCCUCCAUGAACGCCCAGUUCGAGGAGGCCGAGAGGUUCCACCUGGUUGUGGAGUGACCCCGGACCCCCAGGAGACCCCCGUGGGACCCCCCCCCAUGCUAGAGAGAUGCUCGUGGGACCCUCCUGCGGCCCUUGAGACCCCCGGGGUAGGACCCCCCCCACGCACAGCCCCCUGCCCUGUGAGAGCCCGGGCUGGGGUCCCUGCUGGGAGAGACCCCGGUGAGGGACCCCCGUGCCCGCCGUGGUGUGUGAGACCCCCUCGAUGGGCCGGGGGCGCCAGGCCCUGCGAGCCCCCUCAUUUGUUACUCAUUAAACGAGUUUGUGCUUGGUUGUG